AUGCUCUUCUGGCUGACCAGAAUGUUAGCGUUGCCAAGGAACAAAGCUUGUUACUUCCCUUGGAUUGCUUGUGUUUUCGUCUCUGCAUCCGUUCCACAAGGAACCGAAGUCUUCCGGUGCCACAAUGGAGUCUCUGUGCCGCCUGACAACGUGUGUGACUUCGCGGAGCAAUGUGGGGACCACAGUGAUGAGCAGCAAUGCUUGAAUUAUGACAGAUGUGAUUUUGAGGAUGGGCUCUGUACGCUGACACAGGAUCCGAGUCUGCAACUUGGAUGGACAAAGAGAAAUGGGAUGUCGGAUACAGCAGCACCAUUUUAUGAUCACAACGGUGAUAAGUCUGCCCAUUUCCUCUCUUUGGUCUCCGGAUUGGGAUCUACAGCCUCAAAUCUAAGAAGCAGAAUUUUCCUUCCGACGGAUAAGCAAAAUGCUUGUCAGAUUGUAUUUUAUCACUUCUUCAGCCAAAUGAGUGGAAGUUUAAUGGUGGGUCUUCAAACUGCUUGUGGUAGUCCCAUUCAACCUUUGUGGCAAAACACAGCGGGGCUCAAACCUGUGUGGCAGAGAAAUGUCAUAAAAAUCCACAGCUCACAGAGAUUUGAGGUGGUUAUUCAAGGUCAAAUUGUUUCUACUCAUGAGCAGGAUGAAGGCAUAUCAAUUGACGAUGUAUCUUUCAGCCCCGGCUGUCUGCCUGCAAGUGAUGAAAGUUUACCGUGUCCAGAAGCAUCGAGUGCCAAGGAGGAGCUGUGCCUUGCAGACGCAGACCACUGAGAUUUUUCAAAGACCCUUUUCUCCCCUUUGAUAGUGUGUCAGGCCUGUGAAUUUGAAUUGGGCAUGUGCGAAUGGGCAUCAGAAGUGUCUGCUGGACAAGUGUCCUGGACUCACACAAAAGCAAGAGAUGUUCCUCCACUGGGAUUUAUACCUCGACAGGACCAAAGUGGUCAUGAAGAAGGUUCUUAUGCAUGGAUAGGAGCUAUGCAAGCUCGUACUUUUAGCCCUUUAGGCAGCAGGGCUUAUCUGAAUAGCUCUGUGUAUCACUGCUCAGCCAAGGCCUGCCAUCUUCAAUUCCAUUACUCCAUGGAUAACAGUGUUUUGAGUGUAGGACUGUAUAGCAAUCAGGGAGAAGAAAUGUUUUGGACAUACAACAUGACAACUCAUGGCAAAUGGGUCAAAGAAGAUUUAUUAAUUCCCAACAACAUGAAGACAUUUAAGCGAUUGUUGACUCCAUGCUGUGCACUAGAAGUGGAUUAUACAGAGUUCAAUAGUCGUCCCUGCCAUCAAGGGUCCUUCAUUUAUUUUGGGACACACCAGCUUCGUGGGGUGGCUAAGCUUGCAAGUCCUACCCUUACGACACGGCUCACAGCCUCUGCCCCAUGCCAGGUGCACUUUUGGUACCAUUUGUCUGAGCAUUCACGACUCUCAGUUUUCACAAGAACUUCCCUGGAUGGACGGCUACAAAAGCUCGGUGAUCUAAUGGAAUUCUCCAGAUCCAAGUGGCGCCAAGCAAAGAUGGAGCUCCAUGUGGAGACUGCGGAAUCAACUCUGCCUUUUCAGUUAAUUUUAGAAGCCACGGUCUUAUCAUCAAAUGCUACAGUUGCUGUAGAUGACAUCAGUGUUUCCCAGGAAUGUGGACGUUCACAUAAGUCACUUCCAGGUACCAGCACACAACCUAAAGCUGCCAAGUGCGACUUUGAAGCAAACAGCUGCGGUUGGUUCGAGGUGCUUAGUGGUGAUCAUUUCGACUGGUUCUGGAGUUCCAGAAGGGAUCUGUCAGCUGAACUUCAGCAGCAGGCCCCCCCUCGAGAUCAUACUCACAACACGGCUCAAGGACAUUUUAUGUUCAUUCUGAAGACAAGCAGCAGUUUCUCACAAAUGGCUAAACUCCGGAGCCCAACUUUCCGUCAGACUGGGCCUGAAUGUACACUCUCUUUCUGGUAUUAUAACUAUGGCCUGUCGGUGGGAGCAGCUGAACUUCAACUCCACGUGGGAAAAUCUGCCGACUCCACAGUACUCUGGAGAGUCUUAUACAACCAGGGCAACCAGUGGUCAGAGGCUACUAUUCAGCUUGGACGUCUGAUUCAGCCCUUUUACUUGUCGCUAGAUAAAGUCAGCCUUGGCAUUUAUGAUGGGGUCUCCGCUAUUGACGACAUCAGAUUUGAAAACUGUUCUCUUCCUCCUCCUGCUGAGAGCUGUGAAGAACCAGAUCAUUUCUGGUGUAAACACACCAAGGCUUGUAUAGAUCAACUUCAUCUAUGUGAUCUGGUGGAUGACUGUGGUGAUAAUACUGAUGAGACCAACUGCGCCACUGAGCUACAAUGUAACUUUGAAAAUGGAAUUUGUAAUUGGGAACAAGAUACAGAAGAUGAUUUUGACUGGACCAGGAACCAAGGUCCCACUUCCACCCUGAAUACAGGGCCAAUGAAGGACCACACGAUCGGCACAGCGAAAGGACAUUAUCUGUACAUCGAGUCUUCAGAGCCCCAAGUGUUCCAAAACAGAGCUGCUCUCCUUAGCCCAGUUCUGAACGCCGCGGAUGCAAAGCGCUGCACCUUCCGCUUCUAUUACCACAUGUUUGGGAAGCACAUUUACAGAUUGGCCAUCUACCAGCGAAUCUGGAGCAACACCAGGGGACAGCUGCUGUGGGAGAUAUUUGGGAAUCAAGACAACAGAUGGAUCAGGAGACACCUCCACCUUUCCAGCAUGCAGCCUUUUCAGAUUUUGGUGGAGGCUUCUGUGGGAGAUGGCUUCACUGGAGACAUUGCAAUUGAUGAUUUGACAUUUAUGGACUGUACCCUUUAUUCUGGUAAUUUGCCAGUGGACUUCCCAGCACCACCAGAAACUUCUGUUCCAGUAACAUUACCUCCACACAACUGCAAAGAAAACGAAUUUGUCUGCAGGUCCAAUGGUCACUGUGUUGAAAAAAUGCAGAAAUGUGAUUUUAGAAAUGACUGUCCUGACAAAUCAGAUGAAUCAUCCUGUGUUAUGGAAGUUUGCAGCUUUGAAAAAGGAAGCCUGUGUCAGUGGCACCAGCCAAUCCAAGUCAAUUUAUUUCAAGAGUUGAAUAUAUUCAGAUGGGGUCUUGGUAGUGGGAAGAGCAUUCAUCAUGGGGAAGAAAACCACAGGCCAUCGGUGGAUCAUACGAAAUGGAGUAAACUCAUUCACUCCCACUGUCUUGAAAUGAUCAAGCUCCUAAUGACCUUUUAUAUGGUUUCUGAGGUUGCAAUGGUCAGUCAUAGGCAGAUUGUCUUCAGGGCAAAACGCGGCAUCAGUUACAUUGGCGACGUGGCACUGGAUGAUGUCUCCUUUCAAGAUUGCUCGCCCUUACUUAGCCCAGACAGGAAAUGUACUGCUCGCGAAUUCACGUGCGCUGACAAGCACUGUAUCCCCCAGGACAAGCUGUGUGACUUUGUGAGUGAUUGUGCUGAUAACUCAGAUGAAACGGCUUUCAUGUGCAGUACCUCUAGUGAGCGCUGUGAUUUUGAAUUCGAUCUUUGUUCCUGGGAGCAAGAACAGAAUGAUGACUUGGACUGGAAUUUGAAAGCCAGUAGCAUCCCCACUGCAGGCACAGAACCAGCUGCGGAUCACACCUUACUAAAUUCCUCUGGUCAUUACAUCUUUAUAAAGAGCUUGUUCCCUCAGCAGCCCAUGAGAGAAGCCAGAAUUUCAAGCCCUAUCAUAAGCAAGAGAAGCAAAAACUGCAAGAUCAUCUUUCACUAUCACAUGUACGGCAAUGGCAUUGGGGCACUUGUCCUGAUCCAGGUGUCAGUCACAAACCAAAGGAAGGUUCUACUUAACCUCACAGGAGAACAAGGGAAUUUCUGGCAGAGGAAGGAACUCUCACUGUUUGGCGAUGAAGACUUCCAACUCAAAUUUGAAGGCAGAGUUGGGAAAGGUCACCGAGGUGAUAUUGCCCUUGAUGACAUUGUGUUCACCAGAAGCUGUCUGCGACUCCGGUCCAUUAAAGAGGAGCCAACAGUACCUCUUCCAACAGGUCACUGCCCGCAGGGUUCUCGGCAAUGUCAGAAUGGCAAAUGUUACAGGCUAGAGCAGAGCUGUAAUUUUGUGGACGACUGUGGAGACAACACUGAUGAACAUGAAUGUGGCAGCUCUUGCACUUUUGAGAGAGGCUGGUGUGGCUGGCAAAACUCCAUGGCUGAAAACUUCGAUUGGGUUUUAGGGAUUGGCUCUCAUCAAAGCCUACGGCCUCCAAAGGACCACACACUGGGAAAUGAACAUGGGCACUUCUUGUAUCUGGAGGCUACCCCGGUGGGCCUGCGGGGGGAGGAAGCGCACCUGAGGAGUGCUGUGUGGCAGGAAUCCAGCGCCGCGUGCACCAUGAGCUUCUGGUAUUUCAUAUCUGCGAAAGCCACGGGGGCCAUCCGGGUUCUCAUCAAGACAGAGAAAGGACUCUCAACAGUCUGGCAAGAAAACGGACAGAACGCCGUAGAUCACUGGCAAAAGGCUGUGAUCCUGCUAGGAAAGUUCCGGAACUUUGAAGUUAUAUUUCAAGGUAUCCGAACACGGGACCUGGGCGGAGGAGCUGCAAUUGAUGACAUCGAAUUUCAAAACUGCAUGACUGUGGGGGAGACAUCUGAGGUUUGCCCAGAAGCAACGGACUUUUUGUGUGACAACAAGAAGUGUCUUGCAUCCCACCUUGUUUGUGACUAUAAACCAGACUGCUCUGACAGGUCGGAUGAAGCUCACUGCGGCCAGUAUACCAGUACAACAGGAAGCUGUAAUUUUGAGAGUUCACAACACUGGACCACUGCUUGUCAUCUGACUCAAGACUCCAAGGAUGACUUGGACUGGGCCAUUGGCACACCAAUUCCUGCUGAAGCACUGAGUCCAGACUCUGAUCAUACACCAGGCAAUGGGCAACACUUCCUGUAUGUCAACUCAUCAGACCGCGUGGGAUACACUGCAAGGAUCACUACUUCCGAAUUCUUCCCAGCAAGCCUUGGGCUGUGCUUUGUCCGGUUCUGGUUCUACAUGGUUGAUCCGCACAGUAUGGGGAUAUUAAAGGUGUACACUGUUGAAGAAUCUGGCCUUGCUCUUCUGGUGUGGUCAGUGAUUGGAAAUAAAAGAACUGGGUGGACGUAUGGAUACGCCCCUCUCUCCAGCAACGGCCCAUUUCAGGUGGCAUUUGAAGCUGACUUUGGUGGGAAUGAGAACAUCGUUAUUGCCCUUGAUGACAUCUCUUUCACUCCAGAAUGUGCAUAUGGAGGCCCUGCCCCACCACAGCCGUCACCUUGUGAAGCUGAUCAAUUUUCUUGUAUCUACACACCCCAGUGUGUCCCUUUCUCAGGGAAGUGCAGUGGCCGGGAAGAUUGCACGGAUGGAUCUGAUGAAAUGGAUUGUCCUCUCAGCCCUGCUCCUCAACUCUGCGGUACAAUGGAGUUCCGGUGCACGACAGACAAGUGUAUCCCAUCCCUCCUGCUGUGUGAUGGAGUGUCUGACUGUCCCUGGAAUGAAGACGAAUCCAGCUGCUCCAAUGUGAGUUGUUCUCAUGGAGCGCUGACAUGCCCCUCCUCGAACAGCUGCAUCCCAGUACACCAGCGCUGUGACGGAUUUGCCAAUUGCCUUCACUUCCAACUUGAUGAGUCCAGCUGCUCAGAAUGUCCCGUCAGUUACUGCAGAAAUGGUGGAACUUGUCAAGUGGAGAAAAACGGUCCUACGUGUCGCUGUGGACCAGGCUGGGAAGGCAAUCGGUGUCACAUCAAGUUCGACUCUCCUCCUGCAGGCGUCACAUACACACAGAAUAACAUAUGGACAAUCCUGGGUAUUGGACUGGCUUUCCUGAUGACUCAUAUUAUAGUUGCAGUCUUGUGUUGUCUUGCAAAUCGAAAACUACCAAUAAGGAAAAAUAAGGAACAAAGUAACUGUGCAUUUGUCAAUCCAGUUUAUGGGAAUUGGAGCAACCCAGAAAAAACAGAGAGUUCCAUAUACUCCUUCUCAAAUCCAUUGUAUGGUACAACUUCAAGAAGCCUGGAGUAUAUAUCUAAUCAAAUCAAACAAUAGCAUCCAGAUCAGAGACAAUCCAGUGUGUGUACUUUAAAGAAAAUUCCCACUUAUAAAAACUGAUUGAAGCUCAACAUAUAGAGUAGGGCAAAUAGGGGUGAUGCAAAAUGCUAGUGUAAUUUCUACCCUUUAAAAAAAUUUUAAAUGAAUAUAAUGAGUACUUUCAUAAAAUUAAAUUCUGAACUCUAUCUUC